GUUGCUAGAAGGCAUCGUCUGCCUAUGUAUUCGCUAUUCGCUAACAAUCAGAAACACGCAGUGUUCUUAGAUUUGUAACAUGUCAUUUUAGUGUUCAAAAUGCAUGGCAGUCGCCCACCUUCUGUGAGAAGGAAUAGUUUGCCGGCAAGUAGGCUACUAAUGGCCGGUCAAAAUGAAUUCGGCUGCAUUCCUGCUCAUGGUCCUGCGGGGACGGCUGAUGGAAGCAUACGCCGUCUCCGUUUAAAAGUGGUUGCUGGACACUGUUUAGCCAAAAAAGACAUAUUCGGUGCCAGUGAUCCAUAUGUAAAGCUAGAUUGUCUGACCAUCAAUGGUGAUCAAACUAUUGAUUCAGUUCUUACUAAAACAAAAAAAAAGACUCUCAAUCCAGUAUGGAAUCAAGAAUUUGUCUUCAGGGUGAAACCUGCUGAACACAAAUUGGUCCUUCAAGUGUUUGAUGAAAACCGACUUACUCGCGAUGAUUUCCUUGGAUUAGUUGAGUUAAAUCUCCAAAAUAUACCCUAUGAAGCUGAAGGACGAAGUAUUCCAUCCAAACAUUAUGUGCUAUUACCUCGCAGUAGUGCCAGGUCUCGAGUAAAGGGACACCUAGAACUAUAUCAUGCAUGGAUGAGAGAGCCAGGUGCUACUUCUUCUCAGGAAGAGGGCUCUGGGCGGUUAAGACGUCUUUCUGAGAGGAGUUCCACUGAAAAUGAUUCUACUUGGGAAAUGGUUGAGGCAGAUCAGGCACAAUUGGAAAGACCAGCUCAGUCUGGAGAUCGAGAACAGUCUAUUCACCUCCCACUGGGAUGGGAAGAACGACUGGAUGGGAAUGGGAGAACCUACUAUGUGAAUCAUGUGGCACGAACAACUCAGUGGGAGAGACCAACAGUUAGUGAAAUUAAUGCAGGAUCUGAUCAAGUUGAGAUUGCAGCUGUUGAAUUUCAGAGAAGGUUCCAUAUCAGUGCAGAUGAGGAUGAUCCAAGUAAGAGAAACAGUGCAAGCUUAAGCCAAGGGAGUGAUAGUGUUGACAGUCCAAGUUCCUCUCGUAGAGAAUCAAGCAGUGCACCAACUUCUAACACAGAUGGUGAUAGUACAAGCAAUACAGCUCUAAAUUCAUCAGCCAACUCCACUAUAAAUUCUAAUAAUGAUUCAAGUGAUGUUUCCACUCAAACGCAAGGUGGAAACUUGAGUUCUGCUGGCCUGCCACCUGGCUGGUCAAUGCAGAUAGCACCAAAUGGCAGGAUGUUUUUCAUAGAUCACAAUGAGAGAUCUACAUCAUGGGUUGAUCCUAGGACAGGUCGCGCAAGUCCCAUGCCAAACCCACCAUCGACACAACCAACUCUGAGACAGCAACCUGCUGAUGAACUUGGACCACUCCCUGAAGGCUGGGAGGAAAGAAUGCACUCUGAUGGGAGAAUAUUUUUCAUAGACCAUAAUACACGUCAAACACAAUGGGAUGACCCUAGAUUAUCAAACCCUCAAAUUGCGGGUCCUGCUGUUCCCUACUCUAGAGAUUACAAGAAAAAGUAUGACUUCUUGAAGUCACAACUACGAAAGCCUAACAACGUUCCCAACAAAUUUGAGAUUAAAGUACACAGAUCUAACAUCUUAGAAGAUUCGUAUAGAAUCAUCAGUAAUGUAAAUCGAACAGAUCUCUUAAAGACAAAACUUUGGGUUGAAUUUGAAGGGGAGGUUGGUUUGGAUUAUGGUGGUCUAGCCAGGGAAUGGUUCUUCCUGUUAUCCAAAGAAAUGUUCAAUCCAUACUAUGGACUAUUUGAAUAUUCUGCUAUGGACAACUACACUCUUCAGAUCAACCCAUUGUCUGGACUUUGCAAUGAAGAGCACCUUAGCUAUUUCAAGUUUAUUGGACGUAUUGCAGGAAUGGCAGUCUACCAUGGAAAAUUGUUAGAUGCAUUUUUCAUCCGUCCCUUCUACAAGAUGAUGCUGGAAAAAAAUAUUGAUCUUAAAGAUAUGGAGAGUGUGGAUAGUGAAUAUUAUAAUUCCUUGCUGUGGAUAAAAGAAAAUGAUCCAUCUGAGCUUGAGCUAACAUUUUGUGUAGAUGAAGACAGUCUAGGUCAUACAUCUCAGCGGGAGCUGAAACCUAAUGGUGCUAAUGAACCAGUCACUAAUGAGAACAAAGAUGAAUACAUUAGUCUUGUAAUUAAGUGGCGUUUUGUGUCCCGAGUACAAGAACAAAUGAACGCCUUUCUGAAUGGUUUUAGUUGUCUUGUCCCACUAAACUUAAUCAAAAUCUUUGAUGAGCAUGAAUUAGAACUACUAAUGUGCGGAAUCCAAAAUAUUGAUGUUAAAGAUUGGAAACAGAAUACUCUUUACAAGGGUGAUUACCAUCCCAACCACAUCACCAUCCAGUGGUUUUGGAGAGUGGUGCUCUCAUUCAACAAUGAAAUGCGUUCCAGAUUACUACAAUUUGUAACAGGUACAUCCAGAGUGCCGAUGAAUGGUUUCAAAGAGUUAUAUGGAAGCAAUGGUCCUCAACUAUUUACUAUAGAGAAGUGGGGGAAGCCAUCGAAUUAUCCCAGGGCUCAUACUUGUUUUAAUCGUUUGGACCUUCCACCUUAUGAAAAUUAUCACCAACUACGUGACAAGCUCAUAAAAGCCAUCGAAGGAUCCCAGGGAUUUGCUGGUGUGGACUGAUUCUGGAAGUGAGUAUGAACUUAAGGGUAGCAAAUAUUUAAAUUUUCAUAUCAAAUUUUACUAGAGCUAUUUUAAAAUGGGAGACACUAGUCUUUCCUUAGAUUAUCCUUAUACGUAUGUAUCUAUAUACACAUAUAUAUGUAUAUGUUACGGUUAAAGUCUGCAGGUCUUUUAAUGUGUAACUGGCAGAUAGGUUGAAGUCCCCAGAUGGGAACAUUAGCCGGGUAAUGUAUAUAUACAUGUGACGAUCUCUGAUCAAUGAUGUAUUCUACUUAAUGAAAUAAGGCAAAUCUCCAAGAGUGCACUUUUUUAAAGCAAAAAUACCAACAAAAUGUUUUGGUGGGGUCCAAUAUUACUGUCUGGUUUUCCAUCCAAUUAGGUAUAGACAAGCAUUUUCAGGUGCACUCUUUAAGCUAUUAUUGUGCAAUAUGUGUUAUAAUUUCGAGUUACCAACAGGAACAACUAGAGUCCAUUUCUUGUUUGAGGUCAGGACCAACACGUCCACAGGAAUAAUGUACAACAAAAUGGCACUUCAAUGAGAAUGUCCUCAAAUUUAGCUCCAAUGAUUUGGUCGUAUAUUAACACAUGUGUCUGUUAUGUCCACACUGUGGACAUAACAAAGUCCUGUAAGGCUGUUAAAAAUCGAUCUACAAUACCUUGUGUCAUUUACCUCCACUGAAGUAUGACUGUUAUUCAUAACCAUAAAUAUAUUUGGUACAGCGAGAUUUAUGGAACUCGAUAAAGUCUGUGCACACCAGGGAAAACAUUCUAACACAAUACACGACCAUACAAUGUGUUUGAACAGAAUUUUGAAAACUAUCUCUGGAUUUUCUAAAAGUUUCUUUGGAUGAAUGAUGAACUACUAAUAGAUGGAUAAUCAUGGAUUGGAGUAUUAUUCAUCACACAGCUCCUGCGCUUUUUCUCCUGUCUCCGUCAUAUCUGCCAUGACAAGGACCAAUGAUGCGCUAUCUUGAUGGACUUAAUAUAUGUUUAUUCAAAUAAGAAACAUAUUUUUGGGGGUGUAAACAACGAUCAUACUUCAGAGGAGAUUUUUUACUCAAGGUUUUGCUUUUGACAGCCUCACACAACUUUAAAGAUGUCAACAGUCUGGACAUUACAGACCUGUUCGUUAAUUUAAGUUCAAAUGAUUGAAUGUAUUUUCGGAAUUUAGCUUAAUUUACCUCCAAACUACUGCGGAGCGAUUUACCGUGGACGUGUUGGACCUCCGCGAUCUGUGUAUGUUAAUCUCUAGAAACAAUGAGAAGUAUAGGAAACUGAAAUCUGUGCAAUUAAACCAGUGAGGAAAGGUUUAUGUGCCUAUUUUAUGAAGUAAUUUGAAAAUGAGUCUGGCAUUUUCUGGCAAUUAAAUUAGAAGAGUGUGCCAGUUUUGUCUUUAUGAAGAUUAGCUAGCUUUGCUAUUUAACUUCAAUAUUUUUCAUAGGUCAAAUUUCUAUUUGUUGUCCAUCCUGCAAGGCAGUUUAAAUUUUUAUAUCACCUAUGUAUUAGAUUGUAGUGUUGGUGCAAAUUGAAGUCCACCAUUUACUGUUAUUGUUAGCAUAUAUGAAACAGAAACCUUGAAUAUAUGUAUAUCUAAGAAAAGCAAUCUAUACUUCUAAGUAAAAUCUGUAUUUUGAAAUUUGUAUGAUAAAACGGUCAACACAUUUUUGGUUCAUGAUUUGAUGUUUUACCAUAUGUCUAGUUUGAGACUUCUUUUAUGAUUGCUUUUAACAUUAUCUACUAUCCAUUUGCAUUUGUAUUCUAUAACCCUGCAUGAAAAGCAAAUUCAUUGCCUUCAAUUUUUAAGCUUGACCUAGGCUUAUCAUGUAUUGGCCAUAUUAUUUGUCGUCAAUUUUUUCUGAAAAUUGAAUGAGUUUUAUCCUUUUAAUUUUGAAGGUUUUUUUGUGUGUUAGUUAUUAUCUUUGUCUUUAUUACCACCAUACAAUUAUUGAUAUUUUCUGAUAAUUUUGCAUUAGUCUACCCUAGAUUGCUAUGAACAGGCUGUUGUCAAUCCCCCUUUCUAAAUAUGAAAUUAUAAAAAAAAAUUGACUUACUUUAUUCUUAGGUACUGCUGGCUACUGAAGGCAAAUUCUCUAAAUUUUAACUACAUUCCAUAGCCUAACUUCAUUUUACAAUCAUAUUAUAUCAUCGCAAACUACUGUUUGCAUUUGUACAGUUGAGUGUUAAAGUAAAGGCCAUUGGGCCAAGUUGAAUUUUCAAAUUUUCUACUGGUUUAAAACUACCAGGUCUACUGUUCUGUGAUGCUCAUUUCAUGUAGUGUACAUAUGUAAGCAUUCUACUAAGUUCAUUUAUUCCAGUGUGUAAAUAUUAGCACGAAUAUUUUUUUCAUGAAAUUUAUGUCAUAUUAUGUUCUUAAGAUGUUCUUAAAUUAUGUAAUUGUUAUGUAGCUAGAAACAUCUUCAGGCUCUACACAUCUGAUCUUGGUACUUCUGCUUUUGUUCCAUUUUACCAACAGUAUAUCUGUGCUCUUUAAGAUUCGGACGAGUUGUAUUUAGCAAUGACCAUAUAUUUUGAUUUCAGUCAGUCACAGAUUCCACGCAUUUGGAUGCUCUACUUGGAGGAUGAUAUAAAUAAGCACACUGUGAUGAUGAACGCGCUAUUGUUCCUCAAUUCAUUUUUACUCACAAGGCAAUUUGUAAAGCUUGUCAAAUGGAACUAUUCAAAUUCAAUGAAAAUCACCGUGUGUACUGAAAUUGUGUAUACAUUUCACUGUUAUAUUUGUUUAAACUUAUUCUGUUACUAUCUAUUUUAGUCAUGUCAUAUUUUUAAUGGAUAUUGUAUUACAAUUGAGUUGUAUUAUAAUUACAUUGUUAUUAAUGUUGUUAUUGCAAUUGUUACUUCUUUGAAUUGGGAUCAAUUAUCAUUCAAGUACGACUUUCCCUUCUCCUUACUGAAAGCGUCUAGCUGCUAUUUCCGAUGGUUAUUCUGAAUGUCGAUUCAAACCAUUUCAUAACCAUGCAAGUGCAUUGAAAGCAUACAUUACUAUUUAACAGAAAAUACAAAGGAAACUAUGUAUUAUAUGCCAGUGUUAACACUUUAAGUUGGACAGACUAGGAUGAUCUUUUCCUACAAAUGCAUCUGUUCAAAAUAAACUUAAUGUGCUCAAGAAUUCUAGCAUCAUGAACUUCACAAUUUAAUAAGAAACAGCUUGAAGUAUCGGCAGCGGGAUAAAAGAGCAAAAGUGGAAUUAGGGAUCAUUCUCAUUUAUUUUGGAAUAUUCUUAGAAAUGUGAGAAUCUAAGCAAGAGAUGUCUUCCAUCUAAAUUGACUAAAAUAAAGUAAUAUACUAGACUCGGUUGGGUGACAAAGCCCAGCUUAUGCUUUCUCCAAAUAGGAAGAUCUCAUUUGUGCAGAGAUGUGUUAGGAAUUAUUGGCCCAUGAAUGUUCCAGCAAGGAGAGGAGCUGUGACAAUGCAUCCUAUCUAAGUGAUGUGAAAUAGAUUGUCUCAUUCAGUUGUGAGAGAUUGAUUCUUAACUUUGUGUAAACCACAUAAAAGGUAGCCUUGUAUGUGAUCUAGAUCCUAUCCAACGAAUUAAAGAAUUAUGGUGCUUCUGUAUAAA